CCAGCAGCCAAGGAGAGCAGGAGGCGGGGGAGGGGCGGGGGAGGAGAAGCGACGCAAGUGAAUAGCUUUGCAGCGCCGGCUAGGCGCGCCGAGGAGAAGCGGUGGGAAGGCGCAACCGCUCACCUGCUGGGCAGCGCGCACAGGAGGGACCCGGGUGCGCUCCCGUGGGCCCUGGCAUCCGGACUCGCCCGGAGCCUUGCAAGCGGCCGCGCUCCGGGUAUUCCCCGCCCGGGCCUGGAGGAGCCGAGGGGCCACCGGCAGCUCUUUGCUUUGACAGAGGGGAGGCGGGGAAAGAGGCGAGUAACAGCGCCAGCGAGCCAGGCAGAAAUUCGAGCCGGGAACAAAGAGGAAUCGGGCUUGUGUGUGUGUGUGUGUGUGUGUGUGUGUGUGUGUGUGCGUGCGUGUGUGCGUGUGCGUGUGUGUGUAUCGGCCCGAGCUGCGGGCUGGAACAUUUGGGCCCGAGGCUCCUGCUGUGACUCCCCAAGAUUACGCCGUGCCAGCCACUGUCGAUUCCCAGAGCUCACCAGCACAAACUUUAUUCUUGGCAAACUUCUUUUUCUCUCCCCUCCUCCUCCGUCCCCCCUCCCCCCAGCAGAUUAAAUGCUCCUCCAGAAGGAAAACCGAAGCGAAAGGGAAGGAAAGCUCUAACACGGACGUCUGCAGCCCGGGUGGCUCUUUAUUGUUUACCCUUCAGGAAGUGGACUUUUCGGUAUUUUCUGAUUCUCCUCGCACCUCUGCUGGGGCAAACGGAGCCUUUUGGCCCAGCUCUCAGCUUCUCGAAAACACCAACUCCGAAAUCGGCAUCCGAGGAAACCACAGUGGAGAAGUUUUGCACGGUGACGCGCCACGGGACCCUCCUCUGCACUUUGGAAAGUCGUAUCCCCUCCGGAACCAGCGUUCUCGGCGCAUAGACCCCAGCAAGGCGGGGUGGCCACCCGGCCUUGGCAGCCUAGCCUAGCGCACGCGGAUCGCCGCAGACGCUCUCAGAGGCGCCGGCGACUGCCGCCCUCGCAGUCUGGUGCCCUUCGCCCCGGGUGAAGAGGGAAAGCGUCGCAAUCGCAGGGCUCCUGCAGCUGCUCCGGCAGCGGGCCCCUCGCUUUCCCAUCCCUCUUCCAUUCAUAGUCUUCCCACACUCAGUCUUCCAACUCUCACCCACACACACACCGACCCCCUCUCUUCCUGCCAUCGCUGAGUGCUCCCGCAGCGGAGCGGAGAUUACAGAGCCGCCGGGAUGCCCCAACUCUCUGGAGGCGGCGGCGGGGGGGACCCGGAACUCUGCGCCACCGAUGAGAUGAUCCCCUUCAAGGAUGAGGGCGAUCCCCAGAAAGAGAAGAUUUUUGCCGAGAUCAGUCACCCUGAAGAAGAGGGAGAUUUAGCCGACAUCAAGUCAUCCUUGGUUAACGAGUCCGAAAUCAUCCCAGCCAGCAACGGGCAUGAGGUGGUCAGGCAAGCACAGCCCUCUCAGGAGACCUACCAUGACAAGGCCAGAGAACAUCCUGAUGACGGAAAGCAUCCUGAUGGAGGCCUGUACAACAAGGGACCCUCCUACUCCAGUUAUUCUGGCUACAUAAUGAUGCCGAACAUGAGUAGCGACCCAUACAUGUCAAAUGGAUCUCUUUCUCCACCCAUCCCGAGGACAUCAAAUAAAGUGCCGGUGGUGCAGCCAUCCCAUGCGGUCCACCCCCUCACCCCCCUCAUCACUUACAGCGACGAGCACUUUUCUCCAGGAUCACACCCGUCACACAUCCCAUCCGAUGUCAGCUCCAAGCAAGGCAUGUCCAGACACCCUCCAGCUCCAGAAAUCCCCACGUUCUACCCCCUGUCUCCGGGUGCUGUUGGGCAGAUCACCCCUCCCCUCGGCUGGCAAGGUCAGCCUGUAUAUCCCAUCACGGGUGGAUUCAGGCAACCCUACCCAUCCUCACUGUCAGGCGACACUUCCAUGUCCAGGUUUUCCCAUCAUAUGAUUCCUGGUCCUCCCGGCCCCCACACAACCGGCAUCCCUCAUCCAGCUAUUGUAACGCCUCAGGUCAAGCAGGAGCACCCCCACACUGACAGCGACCUAAUGCACGUGAAGCCCCAGCAUGAACAGAGAAAGGAGCAAGAGCCAAAAAGACCUCACAUUAAGAAGCCCCUGAACGCUUUCAUGUUAUACAUGAAGGAAAUGAGGGCGAACGUGGUAGCCGAGUGCACGCUAAAGGAGAGCGCAGCUAUCAACCAGAUCCUGGGCAGAAGGUGGCACGCCCUCUCCCGGGAAGAACAGGCCAAAUACUAUGAAUUAGCACGGAAAGAAAGGCAGCUACAUAUGCAGCUUUAUCCAGGCUGGUCAGCAAGAGACAAUUAUGGCAAGAAGAAGAAGAGGAAGAGAGAGAAACUACAGGAAUCCACUUCAGGUACAGGUCCCAGAAUGACAGCUGCCUACAUCUGAAACAUGGUGGCAAAAGAAGCUCAUUCCCAACGUGCAAAGCCAAGGCGGCGACCCCAGGCCCUCUUCUGGAGAUGGAAGCUUGUUGAAAACCCAGACUGCCUCCACAGCUUGCCCGGCUGACCCCCAAGGAGCUCUGACAGCCUCUUUACCCCGAGGUCACUGCUAGAGAUGCUGACCCACAGAGACAGUCACUGCCGGCCCUUCCUCCCGUCUCCUGCAAGCGCCAACUUCCAAAAGCAAGUCAAAAACCGGUUGUUUCUGAAAAAGAAAAAAAAAGAAAAAGAAAAAAAAAA